GCCUGGCGCUGGCCAAUUUUUUCCUUUCCAUUGGCGCGGAUUGUUUGGUCUUCCUCCUGCCUCCUGCCCUUCCUUCCCUACCAUAAACCCUACCAUCUCCUGCUCCCCGAUCGACGACAUGGCGCCGCCGCGCGCACCCUUCACAGUCGGCGGGCUGAUGUUGAACAUGGUAUUUCAGGCGGCGUCCGACGGCGAUCUCCCUCUCCUCAAGGAGCUGGUGAUGAAGCUGGACACAGGCAGGGGCAGUCUCAAGGAGGCGGUGGAAGCGCUGAGGGUGGAAGAUGUCGGGCUGCUACAGGGUCUCGGGCCACUGCACGUCGCCGCCAGCAGAGGGAGGCUGGAGGUGUGCAGGUACCUGGUCGAGGAGCUGCAGGUUGAUGUCAAUGGUGUCGACAAGGAAGGUAGAACACCUCUGUUAUUCGCAAUACCUUCUAAGGGUGUGGGUAUCGCCAAAUAUCUUCUUGAUCAUGGUGCCAAUCCAAACAAGGCCAAACACGAUGGGUGUUCCCCUUUACACGAAGCCGUUAUAUCAGGAGAUUGUGAAACUGUUAAACUGUUGCUUGCUAAAGGAGCCCAUAUUGAUCUGGUAGCUUAUUGCGGGACACCACUUCAUUGCGCUGCUACUUAUGGGCAUGAUGGCAUUAUGAAGAUUUUAUUAGACCACAAUGCAGACCGCAACAAAAUGGUAAAUGGUAAGACACCUCUCAUCGCAGCUGUAGAUGCUGACUCAAGGAAAUGUAUGCUUCUCCUGAUUAGGGCUGGUGCUGAUACCAAGGGAGCUCUAACCUAUGCUAUGGGGAAUCUCCAUUCUGAAAAACUUGUUUCAACUGACUUCGUCAAUUGCAUUAAGGAGGACGUUGCUGCCGAACGUAUUCUUCCUGAUGAUGAUGAGCCUGUGUCUAAAAAAAAAAUUAGAGCGGCAGGAUUUAAGAAACUUGCGAAUCACUCUUUCAAGAAGAAGGAUUAUUUUUCUGCUGCAGGAUCCUACAGUUUGGCAAUGGUGCUUGAUCCGGAUGAUGCAACCAUGUACUCAAACAGGAGUGUUUGCUCGCUUCUCAUGGGUGACGGAGACAAGGCGUUGGUAGAUGCUAACGAAUGUAGAAAGAUGCGCCCUGACUGGCCGAAGGCCUGUUACCGGCAGGGCGCGGCGCUGAUGUUGCUGAAGGAUUACAAGGCUGCAUGCCAACGUUUCUUGGAUGGACUCAAGUUGGACCCAGCCAACACUGAGAUUGAGGAGGCAUUAAGGAAAGCUUAUGCUGCGAUGAAAGAUGUUCCGAAGCAGAAGGUUGAGGCCUGAGGGCGUCUGUUUUGGAGUUGCUUGGGAAAGGACUCCUGGUUCUGGUCCAUAAUCGAGUUGCCUAUGAGCGUUUCUCCUUGUGCUACUUUAAUUCCUGAACUGAGUAAUUCCGUUGGUAAACCAAAGUAUUCGUGCUGUUGUAAGCAUAGGGUCAUGUUUGCAUGACUACACCAUGCGGUGAAUAUUCUUCUUUUUUUU